AUGGUCUGGCGAGUCUGCACUCUUGCAGCCGCAGUCGCAGUCAGCGUCGCACACGCUGGUCCGCUGCCCACAGGUGUUUGCUACGCACCGUGGCACCACGCCACCGUCACGUGCGAUGUUGUAGGUAAGGACUUGACCGAGGUCGGCCAGUACUUUUCCAGCAUCCGUACGUUCCAGACGCUGUUCAGUGGCGUGAACGUCAUCAACUCGGCCGCAGCAGCAGGAAUCAAAGUGGCUGUAGGCGUACAGCUCACGGAGCCGGCCCUAAUUGACGCAGAAAUUGAAGCUGUGUGUGACGGUUAUAAAGCGAACCCGAGCGCCGUGGAAGUGGUGUACGUUGGUAACGAGAACCUCAAGAACAAGGACUUCGGAACGUUCACGGCCGACCAGCUCGUCGGCUACAUUACGCGUAUUAAGAAGUGUGUCGGAAAGACACCUGUGGGUUCAGUGCAGCGUAUUAACGAAUGGCUCUCGGCCGAAGGGGCCGCCACACUAUCUGCGGCGUGCGACGUUAUUGGUGUCAAUAUCUACCCGUUUUUCACGAAUGGCCCGCAGACGGCCGUGGAAAAACUACAGACGCAAUGGGAGCAAAUGGCGGUGAAAUACGACGCUGAUAAGAUGCACGUGACCGAAACUGGGUGGCCAUCGGAAGGCGAGAACUAUGGCGCGAACGUGCCCUCGCUUAAAGGGAUGCAGCAGUAUAUGGACGACUACGUGGAAUGGUCCAAGAAGGUCCCACAGAGCUACUGGUUCAUGAUGUACGACACGACCAAGAGCUACACGGGUGCUGAGUACGAGAAACACUUUGGUGUCUUCACUGCCGAUGGAAAGCAGAAAAUCACCGUCCCAAGCGGUGAUGGCGCCCAGAAGCAAUCCAACGCGACGGACUCGUCACCGCAGCAGCAAAAGAAACCAGGCGUAUCGGCUGAUCCUCCUGCGAGCGUGAAGAAGGAUGCGCCUACUAACAAGACCAGUACGACGCCUCCCGCUACCACGGGUACCCCUGUUUACACGUUUCAGCAAGACUCCACGGGCAAUGAAGCAGCGGGCACUGUAGCUCCAUUCUCUGAAGAAGGAACUGGAACCUGUAGCCAGAUCGUAUCGUCUGGAGACGCCGCCGUUGGUAUCAAGAUCGUCACUGACAAGAGCUGCGCGUCUGGAGGUGUCGGGUGUCUUGAUAAGAUAUGCAGAUUCUGCAAGGAAGUCAGCUCUCCGGCAUCGUCCAAGUUCGUCGACUGUGCCUCGAUUGAAGGGAAAUCACCGAAGCUGUAG